AUGCCUCAAACCGUCUGGCUCGUCACCGGCACUACUUCCGGCAUAGGCGCUGCCUUGGUUAACUGCAUAAUCGCUCGCGGGGACAAAAUCAUUGCCUCUGGGAGAAAUGUCGAAAAUAAGCUCGGCCACCUCAAGUCCGACAACGUUGCUUUGCUAGAACUCGAUGUCGGGGCUGGAAAGUCAGUUGUGGAAGCCCAGGUGAAGAAGGCGUGGGAGAUUUUCGGCCACAUUGAUGUUUUGAUCAACAAUGCCGGUAUAUCUGCAUUCAAAACCGCUGAAGAUGCCGACGACAACUUUGUCAACCAUCUAUUCCAGGUCAACGUCUUCGGCCAACUUCACACAUCUCAAGCCAUCCUGCCUCUCUUCCGCGCUCAAGGCCACGGCACCAUCUCAUUCACUUCUUCGGGCUGUGCUUGGGCGGGCCUCCCUUUCCUGGGCCACUACUGCAUGACUAAAGCUGCUCUGAGCUCGUUUGCCGAGAGCUUGCACAGGGAAGUUUCUCAUCUGGGCAUCAAUUGCGUUGCUUUCGAUAUUGGCGGCUUUCCAACUCGUCUGGCACAACCCCGUGAGGAAGAUGAGGGUGCUGCUUCUGUCAAAGCAGAAUCUGACUCUGCUCUUGCAUUGGCUGUAUCUGAGCCAUAUGAAGGCAUCUUUGGGCAGUACACUGGACUCUUCGUCCCGGAUCAUUCGUGGGUUACCCCCGGCGAUCCUAACAAAGCAGCAUCCGCAAUGGUGGACGUUAUCCAGCGUCAGGGUGUUGCAGCGGGCCGUUCUUGGGCGACGCGGGUUGUUUUGGGAUCAGACUGCUUAACUUAUGCAACGAAAAGACGAGGGGAGGAACUCCAGCUUUUGGAGAAAUGGAAAGAUGUUAGCGUCAGCACUGAUGCGAAGGAGUUUGUCCUCAAGCCCGAGUACGAAAAGUAUAUUGUCGUUACCGGAGUAGAAGAGUGA